AUGACCUGGAUUCUGGUGCUCUGGGCCUCACAGCUGGUUGUGGAGCUUGUUGGAGGCAUGUAUGUCUACGAGGUACGAGCACGAAACCUGACCUGCUUCCAGUGCGUCAACGUUCAACGGGAAACCCAGUGUUGGCCUACAGAAUGCGAGCCCAAGGAAAAAUUCUGCGUGAGCAAAGAAGUUCUCCUUUACACGAGUAUAAACGGAAAAACCCUGAUCAGCAAGCGCUGUGCCACCACUUGUCCCAGCUCCAGUGAUUUCAAUUCAUAUUCAUUUAGCAGUAUUCAGGACAAGGUCAUCAGAAGAUGCUGUUCCACAGAUCUCUGCAACAGAGCAUCUGGGAGUUGGGAGGGGUUCUGGUCCUUACCAGGGAGGCUCCUCCUGUCAAUGGGUCUGGGUCACUUUUGCACCCUGUUGUGA